AAAUCGAUAAUUUCCCUCCCACCCCACGACGAUUUUCUUCGAUUCUGCCACACGGAUGCACUUGUCAAAAUCAUCAGCACUCCAGCCAGCGCACAGAGCCUUCGUUGCAAAUUUUGCCUUUAUUUGAAGUCUGGAAACAGAUCCGGAAGCGGGAUGCUCAAGUCCGAGUUCCAGCACCAGUUUUGGGUCACCAAAAAGGCGGUCCAACGCAAGCUGGGAUCGAAAGAAGAUGAAAACAUAGUGGCAUCGGAUGGCGAGUUGGACGCCAAGAUUGAGCUGUUCCAGUCGGUCGCGGAAAACUGUCGGCAGCUGUACCGGAUCAUUGACCAGUACCAGGAACGCGUUUGUAUUCUGGCUCAGGAGGAGAAUUCGUUGGGGAAAUUUCUACGCGAGGUGGCCAAGGAGAAUCCUACGACGGGGAAGUUGAUGUCCAACACGGGCAAGGCGAUUUCGUAUUGUGGCCAGCAACGGAUUACGAUCCGGGUUCCCUUGCUGAGGCUGUACCACGAUGUGCAGACUUUCAAGGGACGGGCCAUCGUGGACACAAAGAAUACCAUCGAGGCGAUGGAGAAGGAAAGAACCGAGUAUCGGGCGGCGCUGAGCUGGAUGAAGUCGGUGAGCAUUCAGCUGGAUCCGGACACGGGCAGGGGGUUGGAGAAGUUCCGGAAGGCGCAACGCCACGUGAAAACGGCUAAAACCAAGUUCGACAAGUACACGCUGGACUGCUUGGAGAAGAUCGACCUGCUGACGGCGGCAAGAUGUAAUAUGUUUUCGCACGCCCUCGUCGGAUACCAGAACGCGAUGCUGAACGUUGCGAAAAAAAGCAACGACACGUACCGGGCUGCGCUGAAGAGCCUGUCCAAGGAUCCGCACUAUAACUUUUCGAUUUUGAAGGAGCUGACCCAGGCGAAUCCGAACGUGGUCGAGGGGGAAGAGGGUGAGGGAAAGGAGCUGACACGCGAGGAGCAACAGGUGGAGAAACCUGCGGACGACGAUCAGAUGUUGUUUUUCCAGGAUGAAUACAAAGAUGACGAACCUGCUCGAAAGAAGGAAACUUCAAAAGACACUAAAGCCGAUGACGACGACCAGAUCCUAACCGACGUCCCAGCCGACAACCUUCUGGCGGACCUUUCCGAACCCGCGAAAACCGACCCGCAGCAAUCCGGUUCGUCCGACCUGCUCGGCCUCACGAUGGACGACGAAUUCUCCGACUUUAUGUCCUCGCCGGCUCCAUUCAUGCCCUCUACGCUGCUCAACAAUGCGAACCCGCUGGACGGCGGCGACGACGAUCCGCUGGAGCAGCUGCUGAACCUAAACCAACCAUCGGCGUCCAAGGCACCGCCAAGCGGCGACCUCUUUGGUAGCUUUUUGCAAUCUCUGUCCAAGAGCACGGACCCGCCAAAAGAGGGCAAAAAGAGUGGCGUCGGCGGCAAAUCGAAAGACCUGUCCGGCUGGUACCAGCUGUUUGCGGAGCUCGACCCGCUCUCCAAUCCGGACGCGAUUCCGUCCAAAGCCGACGCGCCCCACAACAGUCUGGCUGCCUAAGCGCCUUCUUUCCACGACACCAGUGCACUCCAACCGGAUCGCGUUAUUAUUACUCUUACAUACAGCUAUUGCAGAGCUAUAUUACAGACACACGUGGUGAUUAUCGCAUUCGAUCGUAAUAAUACGAUCGUAAUUUCUUGACCUACGAUCGAGAUUUCUCGAUAGUAAGAUUACGACCAUCGACAAAUUACGACUUACCAUUGAGAAAUUAAUAUCGUAAUACCAUUUUUUGAAUAUUUUUUUAUUUUAACGGAAUAUUUAACAAAAAUCCUAAGUUGAUUUUUUAAAUUUGAAAAAUAACAAAAUUAACAAAAUCUAAAUUAAUUUCUUUUUUAUUUCAAACAAC